AUGAAGGACGAGAGUACCUGCGCCAGGAUAAUCCGACAGUUGGGAACUACAUAUCAAGGUGGAGAGAAUGAAGAUGUCAGCCCUGCCAAGGAGCUUUUGGACGCCUUGAAAAUCAUACGGGUUGAGCCAAAAUACAGUGACCUGAUUAUUGUGUGUGGAGACAACGAAUAUGCCGUGCACAAGUGCAUAGUUUGCCCACGAUCGGAUUUCUUUGCCAAGGCCUGUGACAGUGGGUUCCAGGAAACAUUCACAAACAGGGUCAUACUACAAGAAGAGCCGAUCUUGGUCAAGGGAAUGAUCGAGUAUCUCUACCACCUGGACUACGAGGCGCAGGUUCACUGCCCAGAGCCAGACGUCUCUAUGGGUCAACGCAAACCAACACCGGACUCGGAUGCCAUGGAGAUUCUUGAACAAGCCAAGAGGCCAGCGAUCAUAUCUGACACCCUAUUGUUUCACAUUUUGAUGUACUCCCUGGCAGACCGGAUGUUCAUUGAAGGACUGAAGUCCCUCUCAAAGGCCAAGGCCAAUCAAGAGCUGACCCGACAGAUAAACCUGGAGACAUUCACGCAUGCGAUUACUGAGAUCUACAACUCAACACCCGCGAGCGAUAGAGGGUUGCGAGACAUGGCAAUCAAACUGACCAUGGACAAUCUGAUACUGUUGGGAAGGAUGAGGCAGUGGUCCGAACAGGGAUUUCUACCGUUGAAACUCCCAGACGGUUUGAUGAAAACAAUUCCACAGUUUUCCUAUGACUUGGCUGUGGCGAUGAUGGACCAGAAGAUAGCCGACUGGGAAUGCCGUGGCUAUGGAAUGAACUGGGAAAAUCAUUGA